AUGUCGCCAGAGUAUGGAAACAGCCUGAUGAGUGAGAGAGGGUACGAUAGUGAUGCACAUUACAUUACAACACCAAGACAUGACCUGGCAAGAUCUCCUGCCGGUCGAGGAUUUCGCCGCAUGGAGCUGAGCGAUUUGAUCGAACAGAGCCAAGAGCGCUCGGAGGCCGAACGUUGGGCUCUCUUCAACAACAUAACAGCCAAUGACUCACAAGAAUCUGCCUUCGGCAUGCAUUUCAUUCCAACCCCACCGGGCACUCUCAGAGGGCCUCCGACUGCCUUCCACACAGCACGUGAGACCGAUGAAUCUAAAUACCAGCCAUUGACUCAUUCGCCUUUGAGGGUUGAGCAACCUCAGGGAAUCCCCGUCUUAAACAAGAUUUUUGGGCGUUCCCUUCCAUCUUUGUCUUCAAACAACGACCCUGGAGCUACCCGUUCUGAGCACUCGCCCGUUCUCGAUGUCCCAGAAAACUCCAGUGGCCGGGAUCUCAUGUCUGACUGGAAACAGUUCAUGAAAACGAGCCGGGACAGAUACGGAAUGGGGUCGUCAGGGUCACUCCCCUCUCCAUUGGCGGAUCUUGUGGUGUCCAAAACAAGACAAGCUUCCAAUUCAGACAGGUCCUUCACUGACCCUCGUGACCCCCGUGCGAUUCAUCUUAGUGAGUUGGGUAUAUCGAAUCGACUUGUGGCCUUCUCCCAUUCAUCUCAAAUAGGGUCAUGCAAUCCAUCAACUACCGAGCUGUUCCACAAGAAAAGAGGGGCCAUUGGGGGUUUUUCGGAGGAGAACGUCCAAUCUCCCCAUCCAGGUACCUUGACCAUUUCUGGAAACGAGACAUCAAGAAAUGCGAACGGCCAGCGAGAUGCAUCUUCAUGUUACUCGAAAGCCAGUCCAUCUUCGGGAAGUCUGUCGAUUGGGGGAUUGUCGUUCAAGAAGCUCACUAGCAGAACCAUUGAUACAAAAUCAAAACCAGCACUGCAAAAUAUACUCACAUCUGACAGCGAAGCUGUGAAUGUUCCAGCCCCUCGAAACACACUUAUGAGCAGAUUUCAGGAGCAUUGUGACUCUGGCAGCUCUGACUCGCCUCGGUUCCAAAGCCACCCCACGGGCAUAUUUGCACCUCGCAAAGUUAGUGUCGGCUGGAUGUCAGGAGGCCGCCGUGUUGGCUAUGGUUAUAGCCCAGUCCUAGGUAAAGAGGGAGGUUCCCCGAAAAAAGAUGAUCAGAGCCUUCCACAAUUGAGUCAUGCACCCGGUUUGAAAGCAGAAUCUACGACGAAUGGGGUACAUGGUUCACCUUCAAACUAUCUUCAACUUGAAAAGGUGGCACAGUCAUCACCCCGAGAAUACGGUAUUCUAUCCCCCAGCCAUCCACGUCCCCCUCUAUACGAGGCUCUCACUGGUCUCAGGUCUAUCAAUUCUGCGAAAUCUAACGUCGAAUCUGCCGCUCCAUCUCACUUUCGAGCAGUCCUUAAUCGUUCCAGCCAAGAACAGAAUACAAUCACCUGUCCCAGCGAAGGCGGCUCCAGGCUUCUUUGUGCAACAGAACUGACACCUACAGAACAACCAGAGUUAUGCCAAAUGCCACAGAGUGCCAAGGAUACCAGCCUAGCACAGGGCAAGGACACAAUUGCUAAUAAAUGGGCCCGACUGAGCCGAUCCAUGAACAAAAAAUCACAAUUCCAAGAUCGAAAGACAGGGCUUGAUGGUAUAACCAACUCUCAAAGGCUACAGGAGAUUGUUUUCGAAGAUCGUUCAGAUGAGACAGAGCCAGAAUUCCUUGACACUGAUGAUCGCGACGAGAGCGAAGACCAAGCUCGACCUAACACUUCACGAGUGACCCGUUGGGCAAACAGAUUUUCCAGGUACAGAGAAAGCAGACGGCCCACGACCUUACGCCAGCAAGAGCCUUCACAGUCGUCUUCCGGUGGCUAUCAGGAUUGUGAAUCGGCCAGUAUCAGCCUCAAACGAGCUGUUUCUACGAGAAGUAACACGGCAGAUGACCCGGAUCAUUUCGAAAUGCCUGGUUCCUUUGAAGGGAGCCGUUGGGCCAGUCGACUCAGCCGCCUGCUGUGA